GGCAGUUUGAAUGAGAAGCGUAUCUGUACAAAUCCCUUUUCAUCCUCUCUUUUAACGUCACAUUGCAGCGCACAAAGAGACCCGGGCUUCAUCCAGAUUUGACCGAACCGGUUAAAACUACCUAAAGUAGAAAAUGUACGCCUGUGCAAAGUUCGUCUCCACGCCGGCUCUGGUCCGUGCUGGUUCCCGGGCUCUUUACAGACCCCUGUCUGCCUCUGUGCUGUCCAGGCCCGAGAUCAAAACAGAGAGCAGUGUUGCUGUGAUGCCACAGAGCCCUCUCACCCAAGUCACACUGAGGGGCUUCCAGACCAGCGCUAUCAGCAGGGACAUUGACACCGCUGCCAAGUUUAUUGGAGCUGGAGCUGCUACAGUCGGAGUAGCUGGAUCUGGAGCUGGAAUUGGGACAGUGUUUGGCAGUCUCAUCAUCGGCUAUGCUAGGAACCCAUCUCUGAAGCAGCAGCUGUUUUCAUAUGCCAUCCUGGGAUUUGCCCUGUCUGAAGCCAUGGGACUGUUCUGUUUGAUGGUUGCUUUCCUUAUCCUGUUUGCUAUGUAAAACUCUGCUGUCAUACAACACUUUCAUUACAGAUGUGACUACAUAUUUUAUUGUGGCUACCAAAAUUGUUCCGUGUUGGUGUCAUGGAAAUGUACAUUUUCAAGUCUUUCGGACACUGUCGAAAUAAGAAAAACAUGUAUUGUACAAAUGUAAGAAAUUACGUGAUUAAAAUACAUGUAUUUGACUAUUUAACAAUGGCAGUAACUUUUAUGUCUGGAAUAUCAUGCUAACACAACAGAAAGUCAGCAGUCAGCUUUCAUGAAUGUCUUCUUUUCUGUGAAGCAGCUGCUUAGACUUGCCAUGAAUCAGCCUUGUUUUCUCAGAACAUCACUUGCAAGCUUCUAGGGGUCCACCUUAAUGGAUUUUUGGUUCAGCUGCACUUAAACAGGACUGUAAUUAGGCAGCAAGUGAGUGCUUGCAUUUGUAAAUGACAUUUAAUAAAUCUAGAUGAUUUAAUUGAGCUACAUAAUGGAUUUUUACUUUUUUGAGUGUCAUGAAAAGUCCCUGCUGGGUUGUUUCAUAUACUGAUCGUUUGUAGUCAUUGGACCUUUCUGUAAUGCAUGCUGCUUGGAUUGGACUGAAAGCU